UGCAAUGCAAAAAUGAAGACAUGCACACAUGCACGUAUUACAGUGAGUGCACGGGCAGACAAACAGCGACAGACACCGGUCUGGCACACUCUGGAGAGACAGACACCCAGACAUCUAGCUACCAGCACGAUGCAUGCCACAUAUGACCAUCGACCUAUGUAUGUACAUACGACAUCCGUCACCUAUCUAUGUACCUAUCGCAACCCCCACAUGGCCAGCAGAGGCCUCUCAAACAGCUCUGUCCCCCCUCUCUGCUGCUCCAAAGCCUCCAGUGCCAUACCUCGGACAGUCGACCGGCGACUCGACCGACGACGGCCACCCACGGCUGCCGCAUCGGCCGGCAGAGGCGUAGGAUGACCGUCUUGCACCGUCUGGAUGCGCACCCGGGAGGGCCGCUUGACAAGAGCAGGCAAUGAGUCUCCCCCUUUUCCCUCCGCCAUUCCGGCAAGAUGCUCCGGCUGGUAUAGCUUCUUGAACGCAGCUGUCAAAGCCGCCCCUUCUCCCGGCUGCAUCGCACCUCGCAUCCACCUUCGUCCCGUACUGCUCACGCGCUCACCUCCUGGCCGAGCCGCACCCUCUGAGGUAUCUGAUGUCGGGCGAGACAUUGCCGAUGUGUCCGAUGAGAAGUAGCAGUUCCACGGGGAUGGCCGGACGGCGCCUUGCGGCCAUCGCCGCAGUGUCUGGAAGAUGCCCUUCCGAGGCACGCCCCCCGGAGCCAAUUCGUCUUCCUGCUCACUCUCCGGCGGCCCUUCUGAUGGGAUCGUUGUCGCGGCUUCCUGGUCGUCCGAUGGUGGAAAGGGGUGUUGGGAAAAGCGCUCGCGUCGCAGCUUGAGGAAGGUGUGGUCCAUCUCCUUCAUCUGCAGGAGCGGCGGGAGGGCGCCUGUCCUCUGGGCCAUCGAUGUCGCCUCCAGCUCUUCUUCCACACCCAGCUGGGAUAGAUGCACAGACACUAUUGUAAUUGCCCUGAUCCUUUAAAGUACUGGCUGUCGAGUGGGCUGACUUGGCUGAUGACGAGUGAGUUGCCCCUGGCGAGACCCAGCAGCUGUGCUCGCUUGGUCCGGCGCACGCGCCGCUCCUCAUCCCGAGCCUGCCUCUCUCUUUCACGCUCCUCCCGGACCUCAGCACUGUCUGCGAGCGCCUGCAGCUGUCGACGGAUGGCCAUCUCACGACGCCUGCAUGGUCCAAAGGUGAGGGCAUGGAGAAGAAAUUCACAGAUGGAGACAUGCUAGUGCUGUCUGUGUGCUUACAGCUGUUCGACGCGAUCGUCCCUGAGCUUGGCCCUACGCUGCAGCCUCGCCUCCAUGACUGUUUGGACCUACACACAUAUUUGUCAUUGACAGUGUAUGUGGGGCCGGUUGCCAGACUGCAUGUGGGCGGGCUGACCUUCUCUUCAAUGCGCAUUUGCCGUCGCUCUCUUUUCUCGCUUUGUCGCUCCAGGCGCAUGGCUCGUCUCCUGGCGUCGCGCCUCUUUUUCUCUUCGAUACUCCUCUUCUCACGCUCCCUGGCCCUCUCCUCCGCCACACGGGCUCUUUCCUCAUCUGUCAUCUUCGUCGUGGGCCGUGCCAUCUCGGCAGCUACUCUCGUCUCUUGCACCGCCUCCUCUGCUGUCACAUCCAGAUCGAUGGCAGCUUCUUCAGGUCGUGUCGGUGCAGCAGCAGCAGCAGCAGCAGCGAUGGGUCGGAGGGGAAUUGUCUCCACGCGUGCCUCCGCCUCGACGGGCCCUUCUGGCAGCUGCCCUGGCACUCUGAAGUCCGCCGCUGGUCUUGGUGCCUCAAAUCUUCCUUCGCUGACAGCUUGUUGCUCAGGCCGUCGGGCAGCUUGUGGUAGAGUCGGGAUGGCAGGAGUCACAGAAGGGACAACAGGGUGCUCUACUUGGGUGAUGUCUCGCUUCUCCUCAACAGGCAUAGGGACAGGUGGCGUCUCUCCAGUCGGCACUUCACCUCUGUCCCGAUCUUCUAGAGCCACAGGUGUCUCCACCCCCGUUUGUCGGACCUCUGCAGCCCGUGUCUCACCAGCACCAGCCAUCGUGGCUUCCUUCUGGACUCGUUGACGCCUCCUCCAUUCGUCAACAUGGACACCAAGCGACUUUGCGAGCUCCUCCUCAUCCAACAAUUGCUCCAUUUGCUCGUCCGAUGUCACAUGUCGUUUCGUCGGUGUCGUCACCGUCCGCCGUCUCACCAAAGAGGGAGUGACGUGACGUUGCGUCGGCGCUGCCGUCUCAACAACAUACUUUCCCGGCCGCUCAGUGAAUGGCUCAGCUGCCUCUGGCUCAACGCCUGCUUCCAUGGGCUCCUCGCGUGUCGGUGGGCGAAAGGCAGGCACGGCAGGAGGUCGCACGCAGAGACCUGCCGCCACCUUCAACGGAACCUUCUUCAUCUCAGGAACGGUCGCUGGGCGGGCCGCUGCGACCCCUAGAGGCUUCGACCUGGAUGCAGCGGCGGGCGUGAUGGCCACAGCCCGCCAUUCGUUGGACAGCUUGGGCCGCAGAAGGGGAGCCGCCUUCUUGGGAGGCUCUGCUGGUGGGAGGGGCAGCAGUGGCAGGUCGGCCGAGGAGGGGAUGCUCUCAAGAGUGGGCUCCUUCAGCGGUGGCGGUGGCGAGGGGAGAGGCGUGACGGUCACCUCAGGCAGUUUGUAGGAGGGCUUCACAAGAACAGACGGCUGGGCUGUACACAAACACAGAGGGACACGUCUCUGUCUUCCGCGGACAAUUCUGUGCAGGACAUGCGGUAUCUUUACUUCGAGCUCGUGACUCCUCCCUGGACACAUCCGCUGCCCGUCGCAAGAAGGCCAACAGACCUCUCGACGAUGUCUCGGCCGCUUGGCGGCCUCUGAGACCAGACGCAUACACACAUGCGUACGUUAAGAGCACGGUCCCGUGCACAAAGGGAGAGGCCACUUACGCAAAGUUAAAAUGAGUGAUCUCAUAUCGCGGGUGGCGGUAUGUGCUCCGAGACACCGGUCGCGACGACAUAGAAGAGGGCGUGGUCAAAGUACGCCCAUGCGGCGCCUCCCGGAACUCAGGUGCGCUCACACGGGGCGGCUCGAGGGUUUUCAUCUCUUCAGCAGGAGUCGGAGGCCGCUCUGGGAAGGGUGGAUGGGAUGAUGGGGCCUCAUAUUGAGAGUGCAGAGCGAAUCCCUUGACAGCAUACGCGUCCUCGAGCUGGCGAAACACACCCUGAACUGCAGUCGGCUCUGCCGCGGUCGCUCGGAAUGCAGGUACUGGAUGCGACGGAGUGGUGGUCCGCACGCCAUACCUCGUCCUCACGGCACGGCGCACAGGCAGUCGAUACGGAACUACGAGUCUCCCCUUCGCAGCCAUCUCCGGUCUCUCAAGUGGCCUCAGCUCCCCUUCUCUAGCGCUUCUUGCCACGCCUGCGGAAGGCCUCUGUCUCCGUGGCGUUGAGACACCCAGCGCCCUCCGUCCUGAGUCCGAGUAGACCAGGCGCUCAGGCGGGGCUGAGUAGGGCCUUCUGGGAACCGGUGGUGGUACACGGAGGGAUCGGCUGGCAAGUGAAUGAGAGGUCUUGGGCAUUCCUUCCUCAUCCGAGGCAGCUGCCACCGCUGGUUGCCUCACUCUCCACCUCGGUCCGAAAUGUGGGCCGUAUUUGGCUCCCGUUAUGCCCAUCUCAGAUGUCUCGUCCUCUGUGCCGCUGGUGCUGCUGACCUCCCUGUCUCCCGCUAGUCGUCUCAGCUGGCUCGGUGUCUUCCGAUGCCGCUCACGGACGACCGCUUUUGUUAGGGCUGGCGAUGAUGGCGAUCGUGAGAUCCCGCCGUCAUCCUCUUGUGGGGCAAUACAGGGGAGAGGCCAGAGGCCUUCCUCUUCCUCUUUCCUCCUGAGGCACUGCAAUACAUUGGCUCGUGAGCCGACAGGGCCGAAGAGCACUGGUGGUCUGGUCGAUGGGCGGCCGUCGAGGGAGAGACUGAGGGGGAGAGGCGGCCAUGGAAGCAUGAGUGAGGUUAGCUGGCUCAUGCUGCUGUCCAGUGCGGGACGGCAGGAAAACGUAGAGCUGUCGAUGGAGGGUAACAUGCUUGAAAUGGUGAUUGGAGGCCGGCGGGGGCCCUUCUCGACAGCUGAAUAAUCGUCCACCGACACGGACGGUUCCAUGCCCAUGUCGGUGAUGAAGGUCAGCCCAGUGGGAGGCGGCCGAGGCCAUCCCACUUUCUCUUCGACUUCGCAAACUGGCCUUUUCUCCCCUUCGAUCAUAGCCAGAGCCGGUGUCUCCUGAGACUGACACACGGGAACAGUAGAUGUUUCCUGCUCGGUAUCUUGUUUGGUCGCAAGGGAGUCAUCGGCAUCUGCUCGCGGCCGCACCGUUAUUUCGACCACCGGCUUCUGAACUUUCUUGUCUCGAGACUUCUCCCUUUUCUUGUCCGUUGAGCGUCUCCUUUUCUUCUGUCCAAGUGCGCCUGUGUCGGAGGUAGCUGAGGCUGCAGAGCUGCUGCUUGAGGAACGAGUGUAUGUAGGCUGCCGGGUGGUGGUUACAGGCCUGCGGCGCGCUCCUUCCUUUGGCGACGCCCGUCGGGGGCUGCCCCUCAUCGAUGCUGGGAUGGACAUGGACGCCUCAGCGACGGCUCUCUUGUGUGGUUUGGCAGGUUUGGCAACAUCAUCUGCUGCUGGCAGACGAGCUUCUUCCUCGGCAGCCACGACCGCUCGCAGAAGGGCGGUAGGAGAGCUCUCCCGAAUGCUUGUGUCUGUUGAGCGUCUUGCCUCCUCUCGCCCGACAGGUGACCGCGUUGAUGACCGUCGUCGCGAGAGGGAUCUCAAAAGGGCAGCUCCGCUCAGCCCAGUCGGCCCGAUUGCAUGGAUAGCGCCUGCGGUAGCUGCCAGCUUCUCGAGCGCCUGACCGAUGUCGAUCGAACCUCUUCUGCUUCCUGUCGGUGACUGCGGAAGUUGCGGCAAUGGCAAAUCCACUGCUGCCGAAAGGGGCACUGGGGCGGGGACGGUGAGGGAUCGACGGGAGGCGGAGGAUGCCCUGCCGUGUGAGCUCGACGCAGCGGCAGAGGAGACAGAUGUGCCCGGCUGAUCGGCUGCCGAGGGUAUCUGUCUCGAGCCGAUGUCCGAUAUGCGCUGGUAGCUUGACGACAGGUCUCGCUGAAGCUUGAAACGCCACUCCUCCACUGCCUGCUCGGCUUGGCUGCCUGACUCUUCUGACGCUGAUGAACUCUCACGCUCGGACGCCGCAGAGACAGCUGACUCUUCAGGUGGCUGCGCCGGCACGGGCUUUGCCGGCGGGGAAGGGGAAGAAGGAGGCUGGUCAACUGUCUGUGCAGCUGUCUGCGCUGGAGGCUGUUCACGUGCUUCAUCGGGUGGUGGUGCUGAUGGUUCGGGAGACGGGGCGGGCGGGGCUGUAGGUUGCUCCUCUGUUGGUCCUGGUUCAGGUAGCGGUGCAUGUUCAUGUUCAUGUCCGAUCUGUACUGAUUGCUCAUCCACUUCCACUGGUAUUUCAACCUCGGCGUCAACAUCCUCUGUCGCCUCUUGCGCGUCAGCUGCAGCCACUGCAACAGGGGUGGUGUCUUGUGUGAGAUCUUGCCCUCCUUGUUCGGCAAAGAGCUCUUGUUCGCCAACGGGGCUGCCUGCCUCCUCGACGACUUGUACUGCAUCUUCAGGUGCUGCUGCUGCGGCCCCCUCGUGUCCUUGAUCAACAGCCUCGACGUCAGCAGGCACAGCGACAUCAACCUCGUCUCCCGGGACGCUCUCCAUCUCCUGCUCGCCGGCUCCUUCAUCUGGCUCAGCAGAACCCUCCAAAACCUCUGACUGACCGGCGUCCUCGACGCUCUCUCUCUCAGCCUCGUCAACCUGCCCAGCUGGAGCCUCCUCUGAGGGCUCCACGAUUAUCUUGUCCAGUGGCAUGGUCUUCAUCGUCUUGAGUGGGACGGGCUCCUUCACAGAAGGGGGAGGUACUGGCGGCUGCUCUGCUGCGCCUUCAGUCGCAAGGGGCUGGGGCUGUGCGUCCUCCCUCGGCAUGGCUUGCGUUGUCGGUGGCGGCAUGGGUGGGGUUGGCUGUGUCUCCGCCUCUGCUUUUUCUUCAUCCGGUGGUGCAGCAGCGGACUCCGCCAAGACGGCAGGCGGCACCGGCUGCUCCUCGAGUGGUGUUGGCUUUACCACCUCAUAGGACUUGCGUGACAUGCUCCACGGCUCCGAAUGGGGGCGUGACUCUUCCGUAGCUGCCUUCUUCUCACCCUCAGCCGGCAUCCCGACACGCAGCCUGAUGGUCUCGACGACAGAGGGAGCCAGCAUAUCUUCGGCUUCUUCGGCUUGCUCUAUCGUCUCUGGUUCAGCAGUUCCUUCGAUGACCUCCCCUUCAGCACGGAUCGCCGCACCUGUGGCGUCUGCAACCUCUUCCCUUUCUUCUGCUGCUUCCACUUCGAUCUGUUGCAUCCCUUGCCCUGCGAUUUGCUCCUCUUGCUCCAUCACUUGAUCGAUCUGCUCACUCGGGGCCGGCACGGCCUCCUCAACAGCAGCUGGCGGCUGCGGUGCCUCAGGCUGUGGCGGCAGCACUGGCUGCUCUGGCGGCAACUGCUGUGUCUCCUCUUCUACUUCGGCGCCGCUCGACAGCUGCUCCUCGUCCUCAUCUGUCCAUGGCUCUUGAUCAGCCUCAUCUGACUCGAGGCCGCUCAGUGUGUCGAUGUCGAUGGUCUGCACCUCACUCACGACCUCCCUGGUCCUGUCCCUGGCCUCAUUGAUCUCCAUCAGAUCAUCUUGAAGCCUCUGCUUCUCCUGAUCAUGUCUCGCCGCCUCCUGUGCAUCUUUGCGUGCGCGGGUGUCGUCGAUGACCUGCUGCUGGUCGUCAGCCCGCUGGUCCUCCAGAAGGAUGUCGAUGAUGCGGCGCCAAUCGGCGGGCGACGGGCGGAGCUCCUCGACCACACCCCAUCUGCAGUGUAGCCACUCAGGCUGACGUGUACAAGCGUUCGGAUCGCAGGCUGCUAAAGCAUUUUCUUACUUGCAUUCGCCCCCCGUGAGCAUGUCGAGUAUGCGCUCUCUCCUCUGGCACUCCUUGAUCGUCCGCGGCCCUUCAAGUCCCCCCUCCAGCGCUAGACUGCUCCGUUCCAGAUGUCGCUGCACGAUCCGCCAACGAUUGACCAUCGCAAUAUGCACCAUCUGGGUGAUGCCGAGUGCUUCAUGCAAAGGCGCCUGCGUCUCCUCCUUUUUGGUCACGAUGUCCGAGGGAGCACGGCUGGGGCGGAAUGCCUUUGUGGGUGAGAGGCUGGUCUGCGUCUGAUGCGGAGUGAAGAGGCCAAAACCAAAGGGACGUUCGAAUUUCUGCGUCGAGGAGUGCAGAGAGGAGAGACGAAGUGUAUGUCGGGAAGGCAUGGUCCUUCUUUGCCCACCUCGUUCGGAUCGACGAGCUGUUCGAAUGUCUUGUUCAUCCACAUGAGGUGAUUCUUCUUUACGUCCAGCGAGUGCCUCUUCUGCAUGUCGCGUCGUGAAUGGUAACCCUUGACCAUAUGCGCCAGCCUCUCCUCCACCACUGAGUUGCGCGCCACAUCUCGCCGCCCAAGCACAUCGCCCUCCCCCUCCUCGUCCUCACGCCACACGCAGUCGGUGCCCUCGCCCAUCUCGUGAGCUGUUCGCUCCGUCCGCUGCAGCAACUUCCACAGCUCCAUCAUGCGCUGAAAACGGUAGAGCGUGGCCGUGCGGGAGAGCCGCAGGUGGCGGGUGGGCUUCAGCACUAUGCGACUCUCAAUCACGGAUGGUAGCAUGCGGUCGAUGGGGUGUGGGAGAUCCUCCCUGUGCAGGUGGUCGACGUAUAUUUGCUGCCAUAUGUGAGGGUCUUCGAUGCCAGCGCGCUCCAGCCGGGAGAGGAUCAGCUCUUGACGAUCGGCCAGGCAGCUCCUGACAAGCAACGAGAGAGAAAGACAGAGGGAGUAUCGACGAUACUCGGCGGUUGGCUCUCUGCUUGGCUCACUUGACUGCCUGAGGGUGCCAGUAAGUCAUGGCUUCUUUGAGUCUCUGGCUAUGGGGCUCGCACACCAGCAGCCUCAGCUUGCGAUAGAACUCAUCGCUUGUCCGCCGCAGUGUGAGCUUCUGCACCUCCUCUUGAAGCCGCUUCGGCGCCAUUGGUCCCUCUGGUUCCUUCGAUGCCUCACUGAAUGAAGCAACCACAUCAUGGAUAAUCGCACCGUGUGUGUAUGCGUAUGUCUCUUACGCUUCGAUCGGUGCGAUUUGGAUCUGUUUGAUCAUGUCAGUGAGCCGUCGUGACCUCCUUCUGAUCGCCGAGCGCUGGAAGGUCCCGGGUGAUGGAGGCACACUUCGCGGCAAGCCUUCUCCUUCGCUGCGCGGUGUGAGGACGGCCACUGGCGUGGCACCCUGCCAAUCACGAGACAAACAACUCAGCAUGCACUUGAUUCAUUCUGAAAUCAGGCCUCUUGUCUCACCUGAUCAGGCGACGUGACAGGCCGCUCGUCUCGUUCGUCCCUGUUCUGUCUCACCCACGAGAAGGCCCUGACGGCCGCACGCACCUUGCGCCAGUACGCCCGCCGCUCUGGGCGAGGGGUGGAAGGGGGCGUCCACCGCUGGGCGGCCGGCAGGCACAAAGCCCACUGGCCUCUGCCAACUCGGUCGCCACGAGUGUCCUGCAGAUGCACACGCUCCAGGCGUCUGCAUACACAUCCCACACAGAAGAAAACAGAUGCUUGGCCUGCCGGGAGGGCUUCUUCGUCAGACUCACUCACUCACUCACUCACUCGACAAUGUCCUGGCAAGUGAAGCCCAUGGCGUCCUGUUGUUCGUCGGGGGAGCUGCCCAUGGUGAUCAGCAGCGCCACCAUCCGCAGCACCUCAUUCUGGGUGGGCCGCCUUUGCCACCGCCGAAAUGGCUUGCCACCGGAUGUCAGCCACUCAAGCACGCGGCCCUUGAUGGCUGAAGUGCUGCCAUGACUGCUCCCAUCUGAAACACACACACGCACACACAAAGGACAAUGACAUGACCGAAUCUUCGGUUUUCGUCGCCAUGUGUGGACCUUCGGCCCGCCAAGGCGGGUUUGAGAAGGGCGGAGCGAGUCGCUCGGAGUGCACGCGAGGGUCUCGUGGGUAUGCGGGCAGGGCGAGCUUCAAUGCCACAUGCAGAGGGGUGUCGUUGGAGGGGGAUGUGCGGAGACACAGCUCGCGGUGGCCGCCCUGCCGGAUGCGCUCGACCAACUGAAGAAGAAGAAGAGUACACAUCAAGGUAGGGAGGCAUUCACAAUGAUGUGGGAGUGAGUGAGUACCUUGAUAAGGUCGUAUGAGUGCAUGAGAUCAAACAAAGGCGGAAGCGCGAGAAGCCGAGGAGUGUCUAUGUCUGACUGCACCAACCUCGAGAACUCUCCUGUAUCCCAGCGCUAUGCAAACAGAAAAAGUGAAAACACACCUCCUCUGUAACUUUCCUGACCAUCCGUACCUUCCAUUUCAGCGCUUUUGUGUCGGUCUCUUCUCUGCCAGCGCCAGCCUGUUGGUGCUGCUUCAACGCUUCGGUGGGGUAGCUCUUGAUGCCAUACAGCCUCACUGUCUCCAUCCACACCGGUGGGGCGGUCGUCCUGCUCAACAACAGCCCCCGCUGCUCUGAGGCGUUGAGCAGCGGCGGCAGGUUGGAGAUCAGCAGGGCACUGUCGGCCUGCCUGGCCUCCUGUGACGCUGUGGAUGAGCUCUCUUCGUCGCUGAUGGCGCGCUGCCACGCAUCGAAAGUCUUGCGGAGCGUCUGGCGGACACAGGGAGAAGUGUGUGCACGCUUCGCUAGGUGGGUCACUCACCUGUUUGAAGAGCCCUUCCUUGUGGCUCAUGAAGAGGACUUUCCACCGCUGGCGGCGCUUGGUGAACCCUGCCCAGCAGCGAAACGCACGAACCUCCAGCCAGGCGUAGUAAUACAUCCCACGCCACUCCUCCACUGUUUUCUCGCGAUUGGUGCUGCUGCUGUUGUUGCCCUCGGCGUCGUCAGAGACACCAUUAGCGUUGUCAUCAAGGGGCCCAUUAGACGUGGAUGAGGAUAGGUGCACUGGGGGUGAGGCGGCAAGCCACUUGAGGACGGCGGAUAGGAGACAUGAGCCCUUCUGGGACAGACGCACUUGCAGCUCCAGCUGCAGCGUGGCAAGAGAGUGGAGAGUCAAUGAGUGUAUGUAUUGGUCGCAUAUCGGUGUUUGUGUAUCUCUUUACCUACUCUGAGGAUUCUCUGGAGCUUCCACACCCGAAACAGUGCAGCCGUCUUGCGCUGUCUGGUCUGGCGUAUGAAUCCCUCCGAGGCCUGCCGCAGAUGGCGCCGUCGGUGGUGGUAGUGCCGCCACACGCACAUCACCUGACCCAGCGUCUGCAGGAGUGACCACCAUACAUACGAACAUAUGUGUGGGCGCGGGGGUGCUCUUGAUAGGGCUGGAAAUUGCUGACCUUGUAUGUGUAGACCUCUGUGAUGGUGCCCUCCUUGAAGCCCUGGAAUGCGUGGAGCAUCAGAGUGACCUGACGGAACCGCGCCGCACGCUCCAUAUUCCGCUUCUUCCAUUGCCAGUACCGACACACACUGAAGGAGACAGGCAGGCAGGUACAGCGAGACAGAGACGUGUGUGACAUGAGAGGACACUUCCCUCACCUCCUCCACUUGCGAACGACCCUCUUCAUGAAGGCCCGAUUGUGUGUCUCCAUCGGCAGGUAUAGCCUGGCGUACCCAUCCCACCAGUCGAAGCCCUCAUUGUACACCGGCACGUCAACCUCCCCCGCCCUCAGCGCCCGCUUAUGACGCGUCACCCUCUUCCAGAACUCGAAGCUCCUCUCGGCCAGCUCGUGUUCUCUGUAGGAUGCACCGUGUGUGCGGACGUAGAGGGCGUUAUGGAGCGACUUGAGCGACUUGACCAGGCGUACUCGGUUGCACUUGAGCUGGUGCGUCUCGUCGUACCAAGCGCGCAGGCAUCGGCGGCGGACCAGGUAGCUUUCGCGGUCAGCGCGCAAGCGGACCUGCUUCCGCACUUUGAACUCUUGCACCUACACGCAACGAAAGACAGAAGAAGAUUCUGUGGCGAAUGAUUUCCUUUGUGUCUACCCUUUCAUCGAAGUUCUCUUGGUCGCCGCUGUCUUGAUCGCCGCUUUUCUCCUCAUGUGGCUUCACGGCAAGUGUGUCUUCGUGUCCCUCCUCCUCAAGGUAGUCCGUCAGAUCCUGCAGCCCCACAUAGCCAAUGCCAUGGCGGGGACGGCGGGGCAGCCGACGACCACGCACAUCUGCUCGAGACGAAAAGAUGGACGCAAUGACGGUAUCAUGUGUUGGUGGUGUCUUCCUACCCACCGGUGUCCAUUAUGGCCUGUGUGGUCAGCCCAAGCCUCUCCUCCUUGGCCCGACUCACUGCCCAUGUCCAUCCCCGCCAUGUCAGCCACACCAGCCGCCUCAUGUGCCACUUGCCGGCCACGAAGUAGGCGCGCCAGUCGAGCCAACAGUCCAUCAGCGGCCGAUACCGCCACCGCAAGGUGACCAUCCACCGCCGCCAACACCGCCUGCCCCUCACAAAAGUCUGGAUCCUCAGGGCCGCCCUCUCGCGCAUCUGAUCGGCCGCCUCUACGGCCACAGCUGCCGACUCGCGGCGAGGAAACUCGUGCCUUUGCUUUGCCUGCUGAGAUGUGGCGGGCCGAGAGCCGGGCUGCGAGGCUGUGGAGUGCGAUUGGCCGCUCUGGGAAGACGGCGGCCGGGCGGGAGGUGCCUUGUCGACCUUCACAAGUGCCGUUGUUGUGGCUCUCUUCGGCCGCUUCCGUUCCUUGCCCUUGUUCCUGAUGGCCUGCAGCAUCUCCCGAUAGUGUUCCCGAUGCUUCCGCCGCUUGAUGGCAUCGAGUCGGUCUUCAGCCUCGUCCAAGUGUCUGUGGAUGCCCUCCACCAUAGUCGAGAGGUGCAGGUAUUUCUCCGUGUGGGCUGCGUCAAACGGCGCGUACCACCAGUCGCUGGCCUCCCCGGUGUGCAUGCUCGAGGCGUGGUGGUCAGGCGGACACGUGAGGGUGACGGCCGAGGGGGACUCGGAUACAGUGGAUAUCAUGAAGGGGCCUUCGUCGUGCCGCCGUGUUGACGCAUAAUCUUGUGGCCGCACCUUCUUCUGCUCCCCUUCAUCCGCUUGUAUGCCCUCCUUCGCCUCGGCAAUGUGGAUGCCAUUGGCUUCGGGAUGGAAGGGGGGCGCGGACACAGAGAGAAAUGGAUUGGCAGAAGCCAUCACCGUGACGGGAUGCCGUCGUGAUGGUGGUGAGUGCGGGAGAGCAGGGC